GGGACGGACACGAGGACGACCGCCGAGGGCCGCCGACGACACGCGCAAGAUGCCAAGCGCGUCGUUCUCGUCGUCGCGCAGCUACGUGCGGAGAUCGCGUCGGAAAAACGCAAACAGGAUCCCUUUGCCGUCGAGAACCACGGCCGAGCCAUGCGACCUACCGUGUCCGACGUCCAAUCAGAUUCUUCCGGGAGGUGGAGUUGGCGGUGGAGGCGGAGGAAGUGGUGGACGAGGCUCGUCCCCUAGUGUAUCCGGAAUAGCUGCACCCUCGCCGUCUCCGCAGUCACACUCAUCGCCAUACGACUUGAGACGCAAAAGUCCACCUCAUCCAGACCCAGCGCCAGGUACGAGUUCUGCUCUACCGCCAUCGGGUGGAAGUAGCAUCGCCGCUACCUUCGGUUCGUCGUCUUUACCAGCAAGAAAACGACCAAGACGGACAUGUUCGCUUUCUACAGACGGUAUAAAUACAAACACAGCGGCGCAUUAUCUUCAAUAUGAGCUACCGGACGAAGUACUGCUCACGAUAUUCAAUUAUCUCAUGGAACAAGAUCUUUGCCGAGUCUCGCAAGUGUGCAAGCGUUUCCAGGCAAUCGCGAACGACACAGAGCUGUGGAAAUCGCUUUACCAGCAGGUUUACGAGUACGAUCUGCCCCUAUUUAAUCCAGCCCCGUGUAAAUUCGAAUUCGUGUCGCCAGACGAAUCCGAAUACCAGAAUCCAUGGAAGGAGAGCUUUAGGCAGCUAUACAGAGGUGUGCACGUGCGACCCGGCUUCCAGGACUUGAAGUUUAAGGGCCGUAAUCUACCGUACUUCAAUACAGUCCAGAACGCGCUGGACUACGUGGACGAGUACAGGAGUAACAGCAGUUCCACAACGAAUAGUGGAAGUUCAGUCGCGAGCGGACAGAGUUGUUGCAACAGCAAUUCGCAAACGAGCGGGGAGGACACGUCGACGCAGCAUUUGGUAUUCCUGCACGCAGGCACAUACAGGGGCGAGUUCCUCGUGAUUGAUAGUGAUGUGGCGCUAAUCGGCGCUGCGCCAGGCAAUGUCGCGGAAUCCGUCAUCCUGGAACGGGAGAGCGAAUCGACAGUUAUGUUUGUGGAAGGUGCAAAGCGCGCUUAUGCCGGGCAUCUCACGUUGAAAUUCACGCCAGAUGUCACAAGCACAGUGCCGCAUCAUAAACACUAUUGUCUGGAGGUUGGCGAAAAUUGUAGUCCUACCGUUGAUCAUUGCAUUAUCAGAAGCUCUAGUGUUGUUGGUGCUGCGGUCUGUGUAUCGGGCGUAGGUGCCAAUCCAUUAGUAAAAAACUGCGAUAUUUCGGAUUGCGAAAACGUUGGCUUGUACGUGACUGAUUACGCUCAGGGCACAUACGAGGACAACGAAAUCUCGCGGAACGCUCUGGCUGGCAUUUGGGUGAAGAAUUAUGCGAAUCCUAUCAUGCGACGGAAUCACAUUCAUCACGGUCGUGAUGUAGGAAUAUUUACAUUUGAUAAUGGACUUGGUUACUUUGAAGCUAACGAUAUUCAUAACAAUCGGAUAGCGGGUUUCGAAGUAAAGGCCGGAGCAAAUCCGACCGUUGUUCAUUGCGAGAUUCAUCACGGUCAGACUGGUGGCAUCUACGUUCACGAAAACGGCCUGGGACAAUUCAUCGACAACAAGAUUCACUCCAACAAUUUUGCUGGUGUAUGGAUCACGUCAAAUUCGAAUCCGACUAUACGACGGAACGAAAUAUACAACGGUCAUCAAGGCGGAGUAUAUAUUUUCGGCGAAGGUAGAGGGCUGAUCGAGCACAAUAAUAUCUAUGGCAACGCGUUGGCCGGCAUACAAAUCAGGACAAACUCGGAUCCGAUCGUUCGACAUAAUAAAAUACAUCACGGUCAACACGGUGGCAUUUACGUCCACGAAAAGGGCCAGGGCCUAAUAGAGGAAAACGAAGUAUAUGCCAACACCCUAGCAGGUGUAUGGAUUACGACGGGUUCAACGCCGGUUUUAAGGAGAAAUCGGAUUCAUAGCGGCAAGCAGGUCGGCGUGUAUUUUUAUGAUAAUGGCCACGGAAGAUUAGAAGACAAUGAUAUUUUCAAUCAUUUGUAUUCGGGAGUACAAAUAAGGACUGGCAGUAAUCCAGUAAUACGUGGCAACAAAAUAUGGGGUGGUCAGAACGGCGGUGUUCUUGUAUAUAAUAGCGGCUUAGGCUUACUUGAACAAAAUGAGAUUUUUGACAACGCAAUGGCUGGCGUUUGGAUUAAGACGGACAGUAAUCCGACUCUUAAGAGAAACAAAAUAUACGACGGACGAGACGGCGGAAUUUGUAUAUUUAAUGGAGGCAAAGGUGUUUUGGAAGAGAACGAUAUAUUUCGCAAUGCGCAAGCGGGCGUGCUCAUUUCGACGCAAUCGCAGCCAAUCUUGAGGAGAAACCGGAUUUUCGACGGCUUGGCAGCUGGCGUUGAAAUAACCAACAACGCCACUGCCACGCUGGAAUUCAAUCAAAUAUUCAAUAAUCGAUUUGGUGGUCUGUGCCUAGCGAGUGGGGUGCAGCCGACAACUAGAGGCAAUAAAAUAUUUAGUAAUCAAGACGCGGUGGAGAAAGCAGUUGGAAAUGGUCAAUGUCUGUACAAAAUCUCAUCGUACACUUCUUUCCCUAUGCACGACUUCUACCGCUGUCAAACUUGCAACACAACAGAUCGCAAUGCGAUAUGCGUUAAUUGUAUAAAAACUUGCCAUGCCGGUCACGACGUGGAAUUCAUUAGACACGACCGAUUCUUUUGUGAUUGCGGUGCCGGAACGUUGAGCAAUCAGUGCCAGCUGCAGGGUGAGCCCACGCAAGAUACGGACACGUUGUACGAUAGCGCGGCGCCCAUGGAAUCGCAUACACUUAUGGUUAACUAGGAACUAACCUAAAAUAAUUUAAACAAUCAAACAAUUGUUAGAGCCGUAAGCCCAAUAAUAUCGCGAGCAGACGCAGUAAUUUGCUGCCGAGUUCUUUAUUAUGAUACUUUUUCUUCUCUUCGUAUAUACGCCAUCAUAUAUAAUUGUUAUAUUUAAAAAAUUUCUAUUUAUUGCAAAGAUAUUUUGUUAUUGUUAAUACGAGCGCGUCAUGUUACACAAUACUCCCUGACAAUACUAUAAUUUUCUUUUUUUUUUCUGUAGGCAUCAUUAGCUCUAUUCGUAUUAUUGUUUAUUAUAAUUUUCUUCCUCUUAUCUUUCACGAAAAUAUAUUCCAAAGCUCUUCUCGUAUGUGGAAACUUGUUACAUCACAUUACAGAAGAAUAAUAUAUUUCUAUAAAUUUUUUACUUAUUUACUCUCUUCUUUAUAUUCAUUUUAUAUUGAAAGUUAAUCGUAUCGAUAAUCUUUUUCCCAUGAUUAUUUAAAAUUAUAAAAUGGUUAUCUUGAUAUAUUGAGUUUUUAUUUCACAUGUUAUUUUCUCUUUAACCAAUCCUUGUGAAAAAUUUUACAAAUAAAAAUUGUUUUUUUUUUUCUAAACUAAUAAAGAACUCGGCAAUCGAGUGUCGCCAAGAAACGGUAGUAUAUAAAAUAACAAAAACUCAUAUGUAAGACAGUAUAAUAUUAGAUAUAUCAAAUUAUAAUUUGAAUGUAUAAACGAAAGAGAUGCUAGACUAAUCGUAAAUCGAACAUUUUACGUGAUCCUUUUUAUUGAGGUUCUGCAAUUCUUAAAAUUAUCAUAUAACAAGAGUGCAGUGCCGAAGCAUUAAAAAAUGAAAGGGAGAAGAAAAAGAAGCAAAUGUAUACGCCAUAAUAAAAACAUUUGACGCCUCGUAAUAUAUGCUCUAAUGAAUUGGCUUAAAACUCUAAUAAAAGCCGCGUUAACACGUACAUAAAACGAAUGUAAAUUCACACGGUGUGAAACAGUGUAUCCAGAAUGUAAAUUGUGUAUAUCGAAGCAGUAAUAAUAAUGAGAUGAUAAUGUUGAGAAUAGGUAAUACAAUCAUAUUACCAUAUUCUUGCGAGCAGAGAAACAUCAAUGCCAGGUAAAAUAUAUAAAUAAGAUUUGCACUCAACAAUUAAUAAAACAAAAGACUCUUAUAAUUAUACCAGUGUAUAAAGAAAUACAAAAGCAAUGCGUAUUAAAUAUCACGCUUGCUGAAAUCGUAAAAACUGAAAAUUUUAAACUUAAAUCAUUGCAACAAGGAAAAAGAAGGAAGGAUCGUAAACCAACGCGUCACAUGAUCGUAAACAUGUUAAGUGCAACUACAUGGACGAAUUUGUCAAAUCUGUGCUGUACAAAUCUCGAAGAAAUAAACGAAAGUAGAAGAAGGAGAGGCGAACGUAAAGCGGAAACGAAAAGAAACCAACAAGACGAAGAUCUGUAAGACACACGGAAACACAAUGUCUAAAAUAUGUGAUAUAUAAAACUCACAACAGGUGGAAUAUAAUCAAAAGGAAGAUGAACAUUCUGCUAAUUUUUCGACGUAAAUAUACCUCGUAAUUAACGCAUAAAAGUUCCAUUAUAUUCGCAGUGAUAAAUUAUGCGAUGGUCCUAAGUUGCUCCCCCACCUCCCAUCGGGCGAAGUGCAUAAUAAAGACGAGAUAAAUAUUCAAAAUUAAAUUAAAAUCACGGAUAAAAAGAAGUGUAUGUACAAGGAGAUGUGCAACGGUGUGUAUACCAGUGAAACAAAAAGGAAACGGAAGAAGAAAUUGAGCGUUCGAAAUAGAAAAAAAAUGUACUGUCCAAGGAACAGUUUUUAAAAAAUAAUCUCGAAUUUUUCAGAGUAAUCCGAUUUUUUUAAUUAUUACGUUAGUGCAUAAAAGAAGUCUAAUCGCAUUACUGUAACUGUAAUUUCUUCGGGAGUGAGUACGCGCGCUUCCGUGCGAAAGAAAAAAGAGCAAGCGCCUAUUAGCGAUAUAAUUUUAGACCGAAAUCACCUUUAUUUACGCAUACACGUGGUAUACAUAUAUAGAUAAAUAGAGAAGAAAAGAGUGAACUCUAUUCCUGAUAGAGGCAUCAUUAUCGUAAAUUCUGUUCGCACGCGAAAAAAGAACGUGUAAUUUGUUAUUAUACGCGUAUAUAUAUGAUAUCUUUUGUAUGUCGUCUACAGCGAGAAGCGGCGCGUGAAAAUUGCUUUUGAGCUUGCCGACUCGGAGGAGGAUAGUAUUAUUUACGGUGUCAUAUUAUAUAUACUAUCGUGACGGAAAAGCUUGUAUAUAUCCAACAAUAGGCGCGUUGAAUGAAAGAAGGAUAUAGGCACUUUUCACGCGCGCGCCAUACUAGACCUAAAAAGUAAAAAAAAGAAAAAAGAAAAAGAAAAAAACGCGUAUCGCGAAUCUUUCGGUUCUUGAGUGAUAUAACGUAUGGUCUGUUGUUUUGUUUAACGAUAUUGUGCAUUCGACGAACUUCGUGGAUCCUUUCUUGUCUGACGCUCGAAGCGGAGGAACUGCAGAAGAAUGUGUGGCGAUGCGACGGGAAAUAGUACAUACGAUUAUAUUAUAUUUUUUUAUUUAUAUAUAUAUAUAUAUUUUUUUUUUUUGCAUUGUACACCGAAUACGCUCUCGAGUGAUUUCUGUUGUCUUUUUUUCACAUUGAAAUUAUCGAUCAGAGUUACGCCUCUCUCUAACAAUUUGAACGUGACUGAUUGUGAAAAUUUAUUUGUCAAAUUGUAUAAAUUAUCGAUUGAAUUUGAACGCUGGAUGUUCUGUGUUAUUCAUGGACCGAGUUAUUUUAUUAUGUGUACGUAAUAUGUGGCAGAGAUAUAUGUAUAUGUAUUAUUUUUUCUUUCUUUUUUUUUUAUCCGAGCAAUCGAGAUGGAAAGAAAAUCGCGUGCACGUGCGCGCGUCCUUCAUCUUUUUUCUCUGAGAGAGAAUAAAACGAAGCCCUCGAAAGUAUAAAUUUAUCAUUGUCCGUGCGGAGCCAUUUUCUCUUCAAAUACGCGAAGGGAACAUUUUUCUGCGAUUUCUACCUCCUCACACGCACGCUGAGUAAAGGGAUUUCCUGUCACAGUAAAACUGUCACUGUUAUUGCUUAUCCGAUGAUUCGAGAGCAUAUGCAACGAGAGAUUUAAGGAUAUUUUAUCAAUAUUUUUAGAUUAUUCAAUAGCAAAUUUUUUUUUGACAAAAUAGAAAACUCUCAGUAUUUAUUAUUAAAGCAAGACGCGCGAUAUAUUAUAUUUUCUGGAAUAUUUCAGAAAUAUUCCAAAAAUUUUGCUAAAAACGCGUUGCGUUUCGAUAACAUGCUGGUCAGUCAUGUCUGUUGGUAGAAGGAGAUAAUACGUACAGAUUGCAGAAAACUGUUCUUAGCAUGUAAGAUUAGUAUUCCCUCGACAAGUCUUUAUUUACUGUUCAUAUAACAACUAACGAUACUCUAUGACAGUGACAAAUUUGACCGUGUCAGCGAAUUCUUUUUCUCCAUGCACUUUCAAGUAUGUAUGUUGAGUAAUGUUUCGAGUAUACAUUGUUUUUGCGCAGCAAACCGUGUAUAUAUGUAUGUACAACAUAGGACGAGGCAGCAACCAGGCGAGCGAUUCGUGGACUCGUAUAAUAACUUCCCAGCUGCUUCCAUUCCGCCUGCUCGAGCGUACGCGUUUUACGGCUUACACCCUCGUGACCUAAAACUCCGAAAAAAGAGAACAAGGGGAUGAAAAACAAGACGAAUACGUACAUACACGCGUAUUAGACGCGUGAGAUAGGUAAAAAUAGGCUUGCACAAAAAACUUGCAGACAUAUAGACACAAACAUACACAUACAAUACAGACACACUGUACACACAAUGGGUCGAGAUUCUCGUAUUCGGCUGCGGCACGAUCCCAGUGUUUCUCUGUUUCUAGUUGUUGAAUGUAUUAGAAGAUAAGGGACUCGAUCACAGCAAAAACGGACCCUUUCUUUCUCUCCCCCUUCGCUCCCCUCCCCUCCCCUCCCCUCCCCACCCCGCUGCUCCAUCCCUUUCCGUUGUGUUUGUCAUUCUUACUGUUCCGCUAUAAGAUCGGCUGACGCUAAAUAGAGCUUUAUCUUAACGUUCACCAAAGUGACAGUCGUUUCGCACCACGCGUGAAAGUCUCGGGAGUGACAAGAAUCUUUUUGUUCUGCAACAAAAAAACAAAAAAAACAGAAAAGAGAAAUAUUCAAGAUUGUAAUCACGCAAUAUACGAGCAAGCUCUCGCCAUGAGAUGAAAGCGAGUAACAUUGAUUGUACAUACGUGCCGUCAUCGUUCGAGAUUAUCGGAUUAGUGCGUGAACAAUCAACGUGUUUCACACAAAUUGAAACCUCGAAAUACUAUACGACAAAAUGUUAAUUAUCCGGACAUUGAUUAUCCGAAUAUCGAAACAUUCCUAAUACGAUCGGUAGCCGAACGAAAUGACAAAAAAGCAGAGAAAAAUUUUAUAUAUAUAUAUAUAUAUAUAUAUAUAUAUAUAUAUGUGUGUGUGUAUACAAAAUUAUGUAUUUUUAAAUAUUUUAUAUAAAAUUAUAUAUAUAUAUUUUUAAUACUACAUUUUUUUAUCUUAUUUAUAUUUUAUUUAUAUUGUUAUUUUUUAUUUAAUGUAUCUCAUAUUUCUCAAAAUUUCGCGCAAGUAUAAUCGUAUUUUAUAUAUAUUAUUCCUCUACUUUGAAUCCGGAUAGUUAAUGUCUUGCUGUGCACAGAGGUUCACUUUACUAAAUUAUUUAAAAUAUUCUUAUUACCAUAAAAGAUAUAACAAAAAAAUGUUUUAGGAAUAAUCGUUUAAUUCAAAGGAGACAACCAUAAUCGGAAUAUUUAUUAUCGAUGUAGCGCGAAAAAUCAGCCGAAUCCUCGCCUUGAUCUAUCGGUCUCUCUCUUUAUCACGAAUCGAUAAACAAUCACUCCAUUCCAUGAACUAUAACUAUACUGUCCACCAUCAAACAUCGAUUCUUUCGAUUUUCCGUCAGCGAGUACUUGCCAUUAUUACGUUAGUUGCCAUAGCUCCGGUGCGGUAGAGAAGCUAGAUAGAUUAAGAGCACACAAAGCGUUUGUUGUGCAAACACGGAUCCGUAAAAAUCAAUAGAAGUACGUAUAAUGUAAAUAUUAACUUGACCAUAUAUAUAAUUAUAUAUAUAUAUUUAUAUACAUAUACAUAUAUAUAUAUAUAUAUAUAUAUAUAUAUAUAUAUAUAUAUAUAUUGCAUAUAUAUAUAUAUAUAUAUAUAUAUAUAUAUAUAUAUACAAUUUAUUGAUUGCACUAUUAUAUAAAAAAUAUAUAUUAUUGUCGAUUAUAA